CAAGCUCCUUCAUUUGUUCUAUAUACUAACACACUAGAAAAAGAGGGAAAUGGAACCUAUUCAGUUAAUUUCUGAAGAAUGGGGUUCUCUUAGUGGACUUUACACAGCUGAGGAAGCUGACUUCAUGGCCCAGUUGCUUGGUGGCAACUAUUCUGUCACAGACAAGCACUGUGGAAAUCCCAGUUUUGGCAUGCCAAUGCCAUCUUCUACCAUUUGGCAUGGUCAUGAAUCCACAACACUGACCUUGACAAGCACCAAUAGCAAUUCAUAUUUUCCUUCAAAUGUCACAAAUACUAAUUUUCUCAGUUUCUCCCAAGGGAGUACCUCCAGCACUGAUAGUGGUAGUUUUCAAUGGAAUGACAAGUUAACCCAACAGAUUACUCAAAGCAUUAAUGAAGAGUCAGGGAGACAGGUUCUUACUGAGAACAAUUUGCAGGCUAAGAGGGAGUAUCAUGAAAUGAUGGUUUCUGAACCUGCAGAAGAGGAAAGAAGCAGAAACCUGGAGAACCCAACAAAAAGAUUUAGGAACUCAAUAGAGGACUUUAAAAACAUGAGGAAUGCUAUGCCCAUAAGCAAUAAUGAAGAGGGUAGAGGAGCAUGCCUCCAAAGCAGUUGUUUUUCACAAGUUGACUCUAAUGCUUCUUUGGAGUUAGUAAGUGGAGGAGCAACUUCAAGUAUGACCCCAAAAGAUCCUGAAGCUCCUAAGUUAUAUGGAAAAUCAAGAGCCACUAGUGGUCCUGCCACUGAUGCACAAAGCAUAUAUGCAAGAAAGCGAAGAGAAAGAAUAAAUGAAAGGUUGAAAAUACUGCAAAGCCUUGUCCCCAAUGGAACUAAGGUGGAUAUCAGCACCAUGCUUGAGGAAGCUGUUCAAUACGUGAAGUUUUUACAGCUCCAAAUUAAGGUUUUGAGCUCGGAUGAUAUGUGGAUGUAUGCUCCGAUUGCUUACAAUGGAAUGGACAUUGGAUUAGAUCUCAGUAGUUCUCCAACUAAAGGAAGAUGAGUGUGUUGAGAACAGAGCAAUUACAGAGGAUAGAGCAUUUCAUUAGCUUAAUCAUAUUUAUAUUGGGUUCAUUUGUAUAAAUAGGAUUAAAUCCUGCAAACUAUGGUCAAACAAGCCUAUUUUUGCUUUUGGGUAAUGUUUUAAAAACAAAACUAUUCAUGAUUUAAUGGUUCAAAUAUUGUUGAACUA